AUGGAGACGCUCUGCUGGUGUCGCCGUGGGCUGCGUUUGACCUGUGACCUUUGUCAACGAGCUCCAUCAGUCACAGCAGCAGACGACAGGGUGACAGGGGCAAACAGCAGGGGACGCUGUGUCCUUGAUGUGACCCGAGCAGAGUGUGACAUCACCACAGUGCUGCAGCCGUUCAUCUCCGGACAAAAACCUCCGGCUCCGAAGAAGAAGGCCCUGGAUCAGGGUCCUGGCCAAGUCCCGGUCCUGGUCUCGGAGCCGGGCCCCUCAUGCGCAGCUGCCCUGGUGGAGAGUGGGCCAGUGCAGUAUGAUGAGGCAGAGGAGGAGGAGGAGGAGGAAGAGGAGGAGCCUGGCUGUGUGAGCGCCAUGGAGCUGCUGGGGGCCAACGGUUAUGGAUCAGAGGAAUAUGAUGAUUAUUAA